UGCGGCUGCGCACUGGGCUUUGUGUUGUCAGGCAGAAAAACCUCAUUAGUCAGGGUGGCGCGUGUCCUGCCAGACGGCUUCAUCGUCUGCGGAUAUAAUUUAGAUCAAAGCAGCACAUUUGUUUCCUGUCUUGUAUCAGUCGGUCAGCGUUGUAAACUUUGUUGUUUGUUGCUAUCAUGUCUGUGGGGGUAGAGUCUGGAUUUUCAAGCGAGGAGGUUCUGAACAGCCGCUUCCCUCUCCAUCGAGCCUGCAGGGAUGGAGACGUCGGUGCCUUGUGCUCCCUCCUUCAGUGCACCUCGAACCCGGCUGACCUCGCCGCUGAGGACACGUUCUACGGCUGGACGCCCAUACACUGGGCUGCUCACUUCGGGAAGCUGGAGUGUGUCAUGCGUCUGGUCCAGGUGGGCUGUAGCGUGAACUCCGUGACCUCCAGGUUUGCACAGACGCCUACUCACAUUGCUGCUUUUGGCGGCCACCCUGAGUGUUUGCUGUGGCUACUGCAAGCUGGCGCAGACAUUAAUAGACAGGACUAUGUGGGCGAGACGCCCAUCCACAAGGCUGCUCGAGCGGGCAGCCUGGAGUGCAUCAACGCUCUCUUGAUUCAGGGAGCGAAAGCUGACAUGAGGAAUGCCAGUGGGCUGACGGCUGCAGACCUGGCCCACGCCCAGGGAUUCCAGGAGUGCGCUCAAAUUCUCGCCCAAGCCCAGAACCUCCUACAGAACAUGACUCAGGCCCAUAACGGAGCCUUUCUAGAGCUCAUGAGCCAGAAUGGGGUCCAGAGUCGCUCCACCAUCCAGGGCCGCAGCUUCUUGAAUGGUGUGCCAAACAGAAAGAGGUCUUUUGAUGGGAUUGAGGUGAACCCUGGGAAAAAGGCGAGGCCAAAUGGGACAUCCCUGCCACCUAAAUUUCUGAACGGGAACGGGCCACUAGGUGGCACCGAAGACGCCCAAAUGGAGAGCAUGAACAUGGAGAUGGCGGCGGCUGUAACCUCAGUGAGUGGUGAGAGACUCUGUGAGGAUUUUUCCUCUAGUGACCCAGCAGCCCCAAUGUUCCUCGGCCAGCACAUCCACAGCGACUCACCUGAGAUGAGUAGCACUGCAGGAAGCCAGGUGGAGCAUCAGAAGUCGGUGAACGCAGAGCAGCUGUAUGAUCACACCCUCUUCAGCACCAUGCUUCUCUACCACGGAUCCUAAAAGAAAAAGGAGGCUGUAGACUGAAUUUAGUUGUCCGCCUUAAAUCCAUGAAAUGUUUUGAGUUGUGCAAUGAUGUGUUUCUUAUACCUAAAAGGGCCUUUGUUGUUGAUGGGUCUCGAUUUUGUAAUGAAGAAGUGUUUUGUUUGAGGAAAAGUGUACGUAUAAAGCUUAGAAAUGUUUGUGUUUCAAAUACUCUGCAACAUACGAUUGUCUGAUGAAGCACUGCCAAUACUAUUUUUGUUUCAUGACCUUUACCCUUCGUCAAAAUUCCUCCAUAUAACUUAAUUAAAAAGUUUUCCAAGCA